AACUCCCGUUGAGGUUGCCUCCCAGUAUGUUUAGUGCCUUGAAGCUGCAAAGAUCAAAACGAAUUCAAAAUUGCAAUGCGUGACGACACGGAGAUAUUGAUAGAUGGAGAGAGUUAUUGUCCCAUUACACAGCUGGAUCAACCUGAAGUUGUGUCAAUUGAGAAUCAGCAGCCGGAAGAGCUGGAGGAUGUUCAGGAGGAGUCACGAUCGUAUCGAUUUAUGCAUAAUUGGAAUACUGUUGGAAUUUGCCUAAUUUAUAAUCUAUGCAUAGUUGUGUUACUGGUGUUUAUAUAUUUAUACAAGCGAAAGCAUUAAAAAGGAAAGAUGUGACAUACAUUUAACAAUUA